ACCCCCACCCUCGGGCCGCGACCCCCGCCCGGGCGUCCUAGCCCCUGGCUGCGGCCGCUUCCCGGGCCUCGCCCCGCGCCUCCCUCUGCAGCCCGCCCCGGCCGCACCCCCCGAGCGUCCCCGCCCCCGGCCGCGCCCCCUCACCGGGGCCCGCUCGGCGGUCCCGGAGGCGGCGGGCGCGCCAUGGGCAGCGGCAGCAGCCGGAGCGGCCGGACUCUGAGGCGACGGCGCAGCCCCGAGAGCCUCCCCGCGGGGCCCGGAGCGGCAGCCCUGGAGGGCGGGACCGGGCGGCGUGUGCCGGUGGCGGCAGCCGAGGCCCCGGGGGCAGCCGCGGAGGAGGCGCCCGGCCGCGACCCCAGCCCCGUGGCGCCCCCCGACGGCAGGGACGAGACGCUGCGCCUGCUGGACGAGCUGCUGGCCGAGUCGGUGGCCUGGGGCCCCCCAGAGCCCGCCCCGCGCCACCCAGCCUGGCCCCGACCCACCGCGGUCGCGGGGAGCGCGGUGUGUGCAGAGCAGAGCACAGAGGGCCAUCUGGGGAGCAGCAGUGUCUCUGAAACCCCAGGCAGCAGUCGCAAGAAGCCCGAGAGGCCGGCAGCCAUCUCCUACGACCACUCGGAAGAGAGGCUGAUGGCGAGCAUCGAGCGGGAAUACUGCCGCUGAGGACAGCAUGCCCCGCCCCCGCCGGGCAUCGGAGGCACCUGCUGGCUGGGGCACCCCCUGCUCGCCCAGAGCUCUAGCAGGAGCUGAACCACCUCCAAAACGCAGUCACUCCCGGAUAUUCAAAGCUGACCUUUCAAAUCCACUUUCAGACUAUGCUGACCUGGGCCAGCCACUGGCGGCCAUGGUUGCUGGUGGGGGCGAUGAGCUGUGUAGACUCACAGGUGAGUGGGCCUGGGCCCCCGGCCCCUCUUCCCCAAUGCGGGGAGCCUGCCCAGUUCUUCUGGAGCCUGAAAUGCGUGCCCCUCUUGUUUGCCCGCUCUGCACAGUGGGGAGGGCUCACGAGGACUAGGUGACACAAGCGAGCCCCUCCUGGCAUCCGCGCCACAACACUUCCGGAAGGUUCUGCUGUGGAAGGUGCACCCGCGCUGCUCCCUCAGUCUCAGGCCCAUCUCUCCAGGGGUGGCCGGGUCAGCUUAGUGCUUCUCAACUUUAACUCCCUAAUGAGCAGCCUGGGGGUGCUGUUGACACUGCAGGGCCUGAGGUUCUGUGCGUCUAACCAGCUCCAAGCCCCGAAGCCCCAGCUGCACUUUGAGGAGCGAGAACCCCAGCUCUGAUCUGCCUUGCAGUGGGCGGUAGAGCUCGUCACUGCCUCUCUGGGCCUCAGUUUCCCUCUCUGGAAAAUCAGCUCUGGCAGCUCUUGGAGGCCCUCCCCAGCUCUGACAAUCUGGAACUGCUGCCACUGCUGUUCCCUUGCCCCAGGCACAGUAUUGCCUUCCCUAUGGGGAGCCAGCGCCCAGGUCCAACCGGGAGAGGGUCUGCCUGACACUGGCUUUCCGGUUCUCCCUCUCACAGGCAGCCUGGCCAGUGCCUGCGGGGCUUUUAAAUUCUCUUCCCGCCUGGGUGGAAGAUGGGAAACCACAGCAGUGAGGCAGGAAGAGCCUUGGAAUGUUCCUGGUUGACAGAUGGGAAAACUGACCUGCCCAGGACGCCGUGGGAACAGGGGGCGGAGCUCCGGCUAGAGGGGACUCCUCUGUGGGCGAGCAGGUCUGGAGCCUGGACCCAGGUGCGGCCUGCUGGGGGACAGCUCCGGUGGAGAACUGUGGGGAGAACAGCGGUCUAGGGAGGCAGGAGGCAGGCGGCAGGCUCCUCCCCAGCAGCCUGGAGGGCAUCAGGACAGAGGGGGACGGAGGAGACAGAAGGGAAAGAAGGAGACAGAGGGGGAAGGAGGAAACAGCGCGGCUUCUGCUGAAGCCAGUACAAGCCUGGUUAUCUGGCUUGACCCGCCAACACGGAGGCCUCCCCAGCGUUUUCUUUUUCCCGAGAAGAGCUCCAGCUCGCACGUCCUUAGAACACGGCAGACAGAGCAGGAGCAUCUCAGGAACCAAAGGCCAGCUCCUUGGCGCUGUCCCCAGACCCACAGGCCUGCUGCGGCCAUCCGCAAACGGCCAUUUCCUUGAACUUUUGAGAGUGCCUUUGACCAGCUGUUCGCAGCUGGGAAACUCCAACUUUUGAAGUCGGAGCUUGGAGCGGCCCCCGCAAGGGCAUGGCUCAAACCCUCCCCAGAGCUGGGAGCCCUUGCUCAUGCAAGCCUAACUGUUUCUUUUGAUAUAAAGAUGGAAGUCGUUACUGUAUUUUAAUAAUGCAAAUACAUCUUUAAAAAUAAGUUAACAUUUUAUUUCUUAUCACUAGAUGGAUCAGGCUUUGAAUUUAAUCAUGUAAAUGUUUGUAAUUUUAUGUCAUUUUGUUAAAAUGGGACGCUUUCAAUUGGUUUCCAAGAAAAAGAUGAUACCUCUGCAUUUUCUGGUGGAAAAGGCGUAAUACCCUUAAUGAGAUCAAAGUGUUAGGGGAAAAAAAUUCCAAAAGUAGUUACAAGCUAUAUCAAUGUCAAAGUAAAUGCGCUUCAUCAAAGCUAAGAAGUUACAGGAAUUGUUCUCAGGUUUUUAAAAAAAAUUUUCCUGAAUUCAGAAAAGUAUCUUCUGAAUAGCAGCUAGCCAAAUAAAGCGGUGUGUGUGUACUGCAGCUGUAGGUGAACUUAAAAAUAAUAAUAAAAAGAACAAAUAAA